GCCAGUAUCAGUGUUGCUCGGUGGAGUGCAUCCUCGAGAAUCAAGACCAGCAAGCACACAUAAUGAGAGCAUCUACACUAUUGCCUACGUAGUGACGCUUGGCCUCAUCGUACUUGAAGCAUGCGGUAAUCAACUACAGUUGAAAUGCUGGCGCCCCUACACAUCUCGUAGGAUGAUGCAGUUGCUCGCUUCGGCCCCCACAACAAGUCAUGCAAGGUAUGCAGCAUGCGCCUCAGCCGCAGCAGGGGCUCAGCCUUAAUGCUUGCACAGCGAUUACCCUACAAUGGCCGAAGUCGUGGGCCUUGCAGCUAGCAUCAUUCAGAUCGCGGGGGCUGGAGCCAAACUCAGCGUCACAUUAUACAACUUCACGAGCUCAGCUGCCCGAGCAGACCAAGACAUUAGGGACAUCGCCGAGGAUGUAGAGCUCACUUCCAACGCGCUCGAAAGCGUAGGAAAGGUGUUUGAGUCUGAGGACGCAAAGUCGAUCAUCUCGAAGAAAGCUGUCCAGGACGGCCACAACAUAAUCAAAAAGUGCCAGGGCGUUUUCGACGAACUAUCGGAGAUGGUGGAGAAGAGAAGGAAGACAGGAAAGGACGGAAAGAAGACCCUGAGUAUGAUGGGUAAAUUGGCAUGGCCGAUGAAAGAGCAGCGGGUUGAAUUACAUCGGAAGAGGCUAGAAAGCUUGAAGAACAGCCUUGUACUCUUGUUGCAUGUGUUGCAACUGGCGCAAGGUCAGUCGCGAGACAAAAUAGAAAAGAGCGUCAUAGAAGAAGAGCGCGACAAGAUUCGUGAACUGCACCAACGGCAGCAGGACUCAAUCAAAAGCCUACAAGCUCUAGAAAGCAGAUUUUGCGGUGUUGCAAUCGACGACGAAGAGACUCUUCAAGGAUCAAGCAACGCCUCCCGUGUUCCAACACUGGAGCUCAUGACUAACGCUCAAACCAUGAAACUGCCACCUCUGGAGAACGACAUAGAGUCCCAGACAAACACUGUCACUAUCGAUAUCUCUGCCAUAGACGAUGCCGAUACCUCCGACAGCGACGCUACAACGACGGACGAAGACGAUGAGCAUAUAUCCAGAGAGGAACUAUCAAAAGCGGCGAAGCACGUUACAAAACUGCUCAGGCGCAUUAUAGUGCUUCAAAAGAGCCUCGAAAACGACCAAAAACCCCACCAGAAGCGACGCGUACGCAAAAUCUACCAACGCUUCUGCCGCAAGUUUGAAUCAGGUAUCAAUGUCACUCAAGCCAUGGGUCCGUCAAGGUAUGGGUCUCCGGCCACACGGUCUUCGAACCAAUACAAUCAUGCAUUCGAUUUGGGUGACAUGGAAGAGGGCACCCUAGAGAACUUUGACUUUGAUAGUUUUCUUCAUGUCGGGUCUGAGAGCACGCCAUUUCCGGUAGUGCCUCAACAGCAGCAACCAAUGUCACCGCUUCCACCAGGACAACACCUGAACGAACCGCGACCAGAAAGAUUCCAAUUCGAUUUCAAUCACAUCGUACCAAACAUGAACUCCGAAGCAGUUUCCUCUUGUGAUGCGCGCUUUCAGAUCCCUGAAUCCACCGUACCGGGUGCCUACUUCAGCCCAGUUACAUCACCUGCCCCGAAUGCCCAGAGCCAUCAGCAUGCACAUCAGCAGUCGCAGGAAACGACGUCCGGGACUUCAACAAAAGAGGGAUCACGAUUUGAAGAGUUUGAUGGAGGAAGAUUACCUGAAGAUGGAAGUCUAAUGACAAGAUCAUUGAGAAGCACCCAGAAGCGGAAGCGGUCGCGUCCCAUUGUGUCGGAUGCCGUUCGUCAGAGGAACCCUCACGCCCAGGAGACACCAUCGAUUCCAGACGACACGCGCACCCCAGUGGUGCGCCCUCCGUCGGAUGAUAAACCGGAGCAAGAAGCCGACAGUCCUCGUGAUAACAAGAUACGCCGUAUAAGAAGUACUCUAGACGUCGGUCUCGAAGGUGCAUACAGUACUUUGUUACAGAAGGAGAAGAAGAGAAAACAGAUAUUCGAGAUCGAAGAACCUUUUGACCCAGGCGACCGAGACGUCGUUGAUGUGCUGCUUGAGCAAUGGACGGUACCAGAGCAUUGAAGGUCAUAGUUCGUUCAGUUCUAUCUUAUGACUUGACGAUAGUUCUACGCACCAAAAUUAUCCCAAGGCAACAUCAUUGAU